ACACUUCCCCACCGCCGGGAAAGCAAACACUCCUUCUGGGGCUGCAGAGGAGCAAGAAAUACAAUCGAUGCCGACUGAGCGUCUGCAGAAAAACCGUAACCUGGAGCCUGCAAUCCUAGAGCGUCUGUUGUGUUUUGUUUUUCAUAAUUUCUUUACACACUGAGGAGCUCCGAGACAACAGGAGCGCUCAGUUCAGGACACUUUAGAGGGGAACUCCUCAUGGCACGGUGCGCCAGCGGCUCUGAUUGAAUACCGGACUGUCCCUGCAUUUGCUUAGUAGUAAAUAAUGGUGCCUCAAAACUUAUGAAACAGGAAGGAAAGCCGGUUUGGCUCAGCGAACUUCAUACCUGUGAUACCCCGAUUGUUUCCACAGGGGAGUUGAUGACUUCAGAGGAACCUUGAGUUAAGGUUAACGGGAUAAAGAAGAUACAGCUCUGUCAAUAGGAGCAGGAACUAAGAAAUGGCUGCAUAUGGACAGACUCAGUACAGCCCUGCUCUUCAACCCGCAGGACCUUACACAACGUACACACACCACACACAAGGCUACAGUAUGCCCUCGUACAACAUAAAAACAGAGGAUGGUCUGAGUCACUCUCCAGGACAGACUGGACUGCUGGGCUACUCAAACUUCAGCGGCACCCCUCCCAGUCAAAGCCUCUACAGCUACUCGCACACGCAUGGCACUGGUAUUUCAUCUGGAAUUUUCCAAGGAACACAUGCAAUCUCAAGUUCAACCCCAUUCAACCCAACCCAACAAGAAUUUUCUUCAUAUUCCAGCUACAGCCAGAGUCAGUACUCUCCCUAUUAUAAUUCCCAUCACUACAACAGUCCGUACAUAACCAGUAGCAGCAUCCCGCCUGCAGCAAUCACAGCUCCAUUAGCCUAUCAGCACUCAGACCACCCAGUUAUGAUGCCCAACCACAGCCCAGAAUCACACACAGCAGAUUACCACCCGCCACCCAGUCCACCAACACCAGGUAAAGAAGAGGGAAUCCCAGGAAGAAGAGGAUCUGAUAGCAAGUUGAGAGGAAGAAAAAGAGCUAUUGACCCUGCUCCUCCUCUUGACUCUGAUAUAGAGCGUGUGUUUAUCUGGGAUCUGGAUGAAACCAUCAUCAUUUUCCAUUCACUCCUCACGGGAACUUUCUCCUCACGGUUUGGCAAGGACUCAUCAAAGGCGGUGUCUCUGGGUUUGUGGAUGGAAGAAAUGAUCUUCAAUCUUGCCGACUCAAGACUCUUUUUCAAUGACCUGGAGGAAUGUGACCAGGUUCAUAUUGAUGACGUGGCAUCAGAUGACAAUGGACAGGACCUGAGCACCUACAACUUUGGGUCCGAUGGCUUUCAGAGCCCAGCGGGAGCAGGAUCUUUAUGCCUUGGGUCAGGGGUCCAUGGAGGGGUGGACUGGAUGAGGAAACUGGCUUUCCGAUAUCGCAGAGUCAAGGAGAUCUACAACACUUACAAAAACAAUGUUGGAGGUCUGCUGGGCAGUCCGAAGCGAGAGGAAUGGUUACAGCUGAGGAGGGAGAUGGAAGUCCUGACUGACUUGUGGCUGACUCAAGCACUGAAAGCUCUGGCUCUCAUAAAUUCCAGGCCUAACUGUGUUAAUGUGUUGGUGACCACCACCCAGCUGAUACCGGCUCUCUCCAAAGUGCUACUGUACGGCCUUGGCUCAGCCUUCCCAAUAGAGAACAUUUACAGUGCAACAAAGACAGGAAAAGAAAGCUGUUUUGAGCGCGUGUCUCAGAGGUUUGGUCGCAGAGCGGUCUAUGUUGUCAUAGGAGAUGGAGCUGAGGAGGAGACCGUCGCCAAGAAGAAGAACAUGCCGUUCUGGAGGGUGUCCUGCCGUGCCGACCUGGAAGCUUUGAGCCAUGCACUGGAGAUGGACUACCUCUAGAGGGCAGCAGCUCUCAAGCUCUGCACUCUUUAUUUUUGGAGUUCAUUUUGCCUGUCCUGUUGGGACUGAUUUCACGUCAAUAUUGCUGAACACCACAGCAAAGACAUUAACAGCAGGCAUGAAAUCACAGCUGCAAAAGAGGACACAAACAUAAAGCCAGAAGUGCUUCAAUCAAACUGUGUGGCAGACAAGAAAAGACGGGACCAAAGCUUAACUAAUCCCAGGGAACAUGGUUUUUACUGCUAGUAUUAAACAAAGAACAUGUUAUUUUUUCUAACUUAGAAAAUCUCAAGUUUGUGGAUUGUGUCCCAAUUGUUGCACUGAAUGCAAAUUCUGACUCUUAUGUUAAAAUCAAGAUAAAUAAAAUAUUCAGAUUGAUCAAGCUUUUACUGCUCUCUGUGGAAUUCAGUUUUCUGAACAUUACUGUUUUUGCACCAAUAUGUACUUUACGAAAGCCUUCUUCCACUAAAAUUCUACUUAAUUCAUUACAAAUAGCUUUUUCUGAUUUUUAGAUUCUCAAAUGGUCCGCAUUGUGGAACCUAAACUAAAGUUAUUUAUUAUGGGUUUAACUCUACAGCAGUGAGUUAGUAGGACAGUUUGAUAUAUCAUCCUUAACGGCUAGAGCUACGUUCUUGUAAAAUGUUUGGAUAAGAAGUUGCCAUGCAGAGGCUGUAUUUAGACCGGUGCUUGAAAAACUUGUAUUUGAUUCUGGGUUGUAUGUUGACACUUUUUUGUUUUACUUUACCUUUCCAUUUAAUGUGUUUGGAAUGUAUAGAAACUGUUAUGGCUAUGGUUAUGCAUGUGCUGAUUACAACACCUGCAAGCUUAGUCAUGGUUUGUAUAUAAUGCUUUAUUGUCUGUUUGUUUUGAAUGUUUCAGUAGAAAUAAUGAAAAAUAAAUUAAUUGCAUUUUGGG